UUGUAAAUAAUCUACUCAAAGAUGUUUUUCAAAUUCAAAAAUCUGACAUUAAGCUCAAUUCAAAUCAGAUUGUUGGUGUCUUGGUGUUAAUGAAUUUUGAAAAACAAGACCAAAGCAUCCAACAUA